ACCUUAUCCUUAUAUUUGCUUAGGUUUAAGAGGAUCGGUUGACGUGCGAAGGCAAACAUAAACAAAUCAUACUUGAUUUGAAAGGUGAAAUCUUGUUAGCAAAGACAAUGCAGGCCCUCCAGAUUCAUCGUCGGAGUCAACAAUUUGAAUGGACUCGAAUAAAAAGACUUAUUCCAAGCAUCCAUCUUCGAAACCCAUUAACAUUUGAAGAACGGAAGACUUGAUGGAGCGCCACGGAAUGUGGAGUCUGAGGAACAAUUUUUGGAAUCUGAAGGCUGAGUUACCGGGUUAAUAUUUCAGGUGGGUUAUCUUGAUUAGGAAAUCCACUUCCUGUUUUUGAUAAACUGUAGAAAUCCAGUUAUAAAAUGGUAGCCCACAGCAGAAAUCGCGCAAGUCGUUGUAGGCCGAGCCGUCUGUUCCCUCUGAUAUGUCUGUCAGGGUUUGUACUGGCCGCGUUGCUUCUCCCUUUGUUGAGGUCAAAUAUCUUCGCACAGGUUUCUCCGACCCCAAAUAGGAAAAUUAAUAUAGUCCUUGGAACUAAGGGUAUCCAAGAAGAAGAGGAGGAAGAAGAUGAUGAAGCAUUGAAAAAUGCAGAUGAAUCUCUAGCUUUUCAUAAGAAACUCUUCCUUCCCCCACAGAAUAACCUGUCCAGAAAGCUAGAAAAGACAAACUCUUUGCCUCCUCUUAACAUAGAUCUUUUCCCAAAAUUGGCCAAAAGUCAUGUGAAGAUUGUCCUGUAUGUUCACAACAGGCCACACUACCUGAGGAAAGUUGUAGACAGUCUUUCUAAGGUGGAGGGCAUCCAUGAGACUUUGCUGAUUGUAAGUCAUGAUGGAUACUUUGAGGAAAUGAAUAAGAUUGUGGAAGGAAUCAGAUUUUGUCAGGUUAAACAGAUUUUUGCUCCCUAUUCGCCUCACUUGUUUCCUGAUUCAUUUCCGGGUGUUAGCCCAGGAGAUUGCCAGGAGAGGGAUGAUCCUUCUCUUAAACAUUGUAAAGGAAAAGCAGAUCAGUAUGGAAAUCAUAGAUCUCCAAGAAUUGUUUCCUUGAAACAUCAUUGGUGGUGGAUGAUGAACUGGGUUUGGGAUGGUAUGGAAGAGAGCAAGAGACAUACUGGUCAUAUCGUUUUCAUAGAAGAGGACCAUUUUAUUUACCCCAACGCUUACAGAAAUAUUCAGAUUUUAUCUUCAUUGAAGCAACACAAGUGUGCUGAGUGCCUUGCUGCAAACUUGGCUCCUUCUGAUGUGACUUAUAAAGGGGAACAGACAGAGAAUUUCAUUGCCGAAAAGAUCGGCAAUGUUGGCUACGCAUUCAAUAGAACAGUUUGGAGGAAAAUCCACUCUCGGGCAAGAGAGUUUUGUGCUUUCGAUGAUUACAAUUGGGAUAUUACUAUGUGGGCAACUGUGUACCCUUCACUUGGUGUUCCAGUUUAUACUUUGAGAGGGCCCAGGAGAAGUGCAGCUCACUUUGGAAAGUGUGGCUUGCAUCAGGGAAACAACAAGGGAGUUCCUUGCUUUGACAAUGGUCAGGAAACUCCUGACAUCGAUGAACUCGAUAAGGUUCCUAAUUUAAAGCCGGAAUGGGAAGUAAUCAGGCAAGAGCCGCAUGGUGGUUACCAGGCUGGUUUUAAAGGUUGGGGAGGUUGGGGUGAUGAUCGGGAUCACAAGCUGUGUCUUGAUUUUGCGUCAAUGUAUCACAUUUCUUCGUUAUCUCAUAACUUGAGUAAGCAAACUUUAUAAAAUUGAAUUGUUUCAUGAC